AUGUCAGAAUUCUUUUAUAAUGACACUUAUUUUUCCCAAAAUGAUAAAAUUUGUGCUGUUUUUCCUGUAGAAGUUGAUAAAAGUAGUGUAAGAUUUUUAGCUUUUAUAAAAACAACUCCUAUUCAAAGUACUUUAAACAAAAGAUACCAAGAUAAAUAUGUUAAAUGGCAUUUAACCCAAAUUAAAAAUAAUGAUAAAAGGUUAAAUCAUUUAUUCAAUCAUUUGCUUUCACUUCAUGAAACCAAAGAACAUAAAACCUACAUCAAUGCUACUCGUAUUUAUGUUGCUAGGACAACUAAGGAUACCUCGUGGUUUUUAACUUACAUUACACUACUCUCUAUGUGUACUAUAUGGUACUUUGGAAUCGUCUCUGGUUUUCUAAAAAACACAGAAAUUGAAAAAGUUGAAUUUGAAAAUAGAGAGACAGUGUUUGAAAAUAAUAGUAGAGAGGAUCAAAAAAAUAUUAGUAAAGGGGAUCUAGAAGAUGAUAGUAGAGAGGAUCAAGACGACAAUAGCAGAGGGAACCAAGAAGAUGAUAGUAGAGGUAACCAAGAAAGUGAUAGUAAAGGAAAUCAAGAAAAUAAUAGAGGGAACCAACCUGAAAUAAUCGAAUUGUUAAGUGAUGAAGACCAAACACCAGAGAUAAUUGAAAUUUCAAGUGAUGAAGAAAACCAAAUACCUGAAAUAAUCGAAUUAUCAAGCGAUGAAGAGGUGUUUGAGAAAAAACCAAUUGCUAUUUCUAGAGAACAAACUCCUGAAACAGCUGAAAUAAAAUUAAAUCUAUAG